AUGGAUUUAGAAACUGAUGCUGAGAAAAAUAUCGAGAUCUGGAAGGUUAAGAAAUUAAUCAAAUCCUUGGAAAAAGCUAGAGGUAAUGGUACCUCCAUGAUCUCGUUGGUCAUCCCACCAAAGGGCCAAAUCGCAAUGAUCCAAAAAAUGUUGACUGAUGAAUACGGUACCGCUUCAAAUAUCAAAUCGAGAGUCAACCGUCUAUCUGUCUUAUCUGCUAUCACUUCCACUCAACAAAAAUUGAAAUUGUAUACCAGAAUCCCACCAAAUGGUUUAGUUUUAUACUGUGGUGAUAUCAUCACCGAAGAAGGUAAAGAAAAGAAAGUCACUUUCGACAUUGAACCAUAUAAACCAAUUAACACUUCUUUGUAUUUAUGUGAUAAUAAGUUCCACACCGAAGUGUUGUCUGAAUUGUUAGAAGCUGAUGAUAAAUUCGGUUUCAUCGUCAUGGAUGGUCAAGGUACUCUAUUCGGUUCGUUAUCUGGUAAUACAAGAACUGUCUUACAUAAAUUCACCGUCGAUUUGCCAAAAAAGCAUGGUAGAGGUGGUCAAUCUGCCGUCCGUUUUGCACGUUUAAGAGAAGAAAAAAGACACAAUUAUGUCAGAAAAGUCGCCGAAGUAGCUGUACAAAAUUUCAUUGCAAAUGAUAAAGUCAUGGUUAAAGGUUUGAUUUUAGCAGGUUCUGCCGAUUUCAAAACAGAUUUGGCAAAGUCUGAAAUGUUCGACCAAAGAUUGGCCUCAAGAGUUUUGAAAAUUGUAGAUAUCUCUUAUGGUGGUGAAAACGGGUUCAAUCAAGCUAUCGAAUUAUCCGCUGAAACUUUAGCAAACGUUAAAUUCGUCCAAGAAAAGAAACUAUUGACCGAAUAUUUCGAUGAAAUCUCUCAAGAUACUGGUAAGUUCUGUUACGGUAUCGAUGAUACCUUAAAGGCUUUAGAUUUGGGUUCUAUCGAUAGAUUAAUUGUAUUUGAAAACUUAGAAACAAUUAGAUUCGUAUACAAAGACGCAGAAGAUAAAGAAGUUAUAAAAUUCGCUAUGCCAGAUCAAGAAGAUAAAUCUUACGCCAUAGAUAGAGCUACUGGCCAAGAAAUGGAAGUCGUAGAGGAACAAUUGUUAAUCGAAUGGUUAGCUGAACAUUAUAAAGAAUAUGGUGCUACUUUGGAAUUCAUUACUGAUAGAUCUUCUGAAGGUGCCCAAUUCGUCACUGGUUUUGGUGGUAUCGGUGCUUUGUUACGUUACAAAGUUAACUUCGAACAGUUGGCUGAUGAAUCUGAUGAUGAAUAUUACGAUUCUGACGAAGCUGGUUCAGAUUUCGAUUUCAUCUAA